GCGUGGCCGGGGUGUGGCCGGGGCGCCCUGCGGGAGGCGGCGGCCAGAGGGGUCCGAGAGGGUCCGGUGGCCGGGAAAGGAUUCUGGUGGACAGUGCCUCACCCAAGCCAUGGCCACACGCCUCAGAUCGGCUGGCAGGAGCUGCACUGUGAUCGGGGGCUCAGGGUUCCUGGGGCAGCACAUGGUGGAGCAGCUGCUGGCCAAGGGCUACAGCGUCAACGUCUUCGACAUCCAGCAGAGCUUUGAGAGUGAGCAGGUGACCUUCUUCCUGGGAGACCUGUGUGACAAGGAGGCUCUGCUGCCAGCCCUGCAAGGAGUGUCCGUGGUGUUCCACUGUGCCUCACCAGCCCCUUCCAGUGACAACAGGGAGCUGUUCUACAAGGUGAAUUUUAUGGGAACCAAGGCAGUCAUUGAAGCCUGCAAAGAAGCUGGAGUGCAGAAAUUGGUGUUAACCAGCAGUGCCAGUGUAGUUUUUGAGGGCACAGACAUAAAAAAUGGCUCGGAAGAUCUCCCCUAUGCACAAAAACCUAUUGAUUACUACACAGAGACCAAGAUCCUGCAGGAAAAGGAGGUGCUCAGUGCAAAUGACCCAGACAACAAUUUCCUCACCACUGCAAUCCGUCCCCAUGGAAUAUUUGGUCCCAGAGACCCUCAGCUGGUUCCCAUCCUCAUCCACGCAGCUCGGAGUGGCAAAAUGAAGUUCAUCAUUGGGGAUGGAAAGAACUUGGUGGAUUUCACCUACGUGGAGAACGUGGUGCAUGGGCACAUCCUGGCUGCAGAAAAGCUGCACAAAGGCUCUCCCCUGUGUGGGAAGGCCUUUCACAUCACCAACGAUGAACCAAUUCCCUUCUGGACGUUCAUGUCCCGUAUCCUGACGGGCCUGGACUACGACCCUCCCAAGUACCACAUUCCCUACUGGCUGGCCUAUUACCUGGCCCUGCUGCUGGCCCUGCUGCUGGCCCUGCUCAGGCCCCUGGUGACCAUCAAGGCCACCUUCACACCCAUGAGGGUGGCCCUGGCUGGCACCUUCCACUACUACAGCUGUGAGAGGGCCAAGAGGGCCAUGGGCUACAGCCCCGUGGUCAGCCUGGACGAGGCCAUUGCCAGGACUGUGCAGAGCUACCCCGGCCUGCGCCGGGCCAGGGCCUGACACCUGCCUGGAGCCUCUGCUGCCUGGGUGCCAUCAGUUCUGACAGCUUCACAUGCAGCACAUGGCACCAGUUCCCAGGAAAGAGGAGUUUUCCUGAAGUCUCUACUCCUCCUCCUCCUCCUCGCCAUUCCAUGUGAGAGCUGUGCUGACAGUUUGUUUCUUGGAUGUGAUUUCUUGUUUGGAAACAGCUGCUGAACUCUCUGGGCUGUGAAUAAACACCCUGCUGUGCCCUCUUCAAUCCAGAGCAGGCACACCAGCAUUCCUGCUCCCCUCCCUCCACCCUUGUCCCGUGUUUUGUUGCUCUGGUGACAGCAGCCACCCUUCCUAGAGCUGUCAGCUGGGUCACAAACACUUCCUGGGGCUGGCUCCCCUCUGCACUUUGGCUUUGCUCUCCACAAGAGAGCCCCGUGCCAGAAAGGACUUCUGCCACCAUCUCUGACUCAUUACAGCUCUUCUGGUUUUCCUUCCAUGAUCAGGGGAUGGUUUGGCCUCUCCCUGAGGCAGCAGAAGGAGCCCACAAGGAGUGUGUUGCUUUGUCCAUGCAGGAUUUAUUUCUGUUCCAAAUGAACCCAAGUAAAUCACACAGAGCUGACUUUGCAGCUUUGUGUCCCAUCUCUGAGGGGGCAGAUCCCCCUCUCAGCACAGACAGGAUGUCUCUUUUGGGGCAGAGACCUUUGGGAGCUGCCUGGCAGCAGUCCCAGCACUGUUCUGCAGAUCUGCAGUGCUGGGAAGAUCCUGCAGCACCAAGCUGCUCCUCCCUGCCCUGUCAGUGCUGCUCACGGGGAUUUUUGGUGCUCUGACCGUUUAGUCCAUGAAAAAACCUCUUUUCCACAAGGAAAUGGAUACAAAGCAACAGUCCCCAAGCUAUUUCCUCUGACUUGUAUGUUAAAUGUUCUUUGCCCUCUAAUCUCUCUAAGCACUUCAGUUCUGGUUUGGUUUUAAAUGAGGGGUUUAGGUUCGAGCUGGAGUUUUGCCCUGUGCAAAUUCGUGGAUCCCUGGGAGUUCUGGUGUUUCAAAUUUCAGAAGGAUGGGAAGCACCUCAGUCACAGAAUUAUGGAAUCCCAGGAUGGUCUGGGUUGGGAGGCACCUUAAAGCUCAUUCCAUUCCACCCCCAGGGACACCUUCCACUGUCCCAGGCUGCUCCAAGCCCCAUCCAACCUGGCCUGGACACUUCCAGGGAUCCAAGGGCAGCCACAACCUCCUUAACCUCAAUGUGCUGCUAUAGUCUGAUUAAAUGUCUGAUUUAAUGGGUUUUAUUUGAA